UACUUAAUUUUGUAUUAUGCAAAUCUACCCUGCACAAAUCCCAUGGACCACUGUUUCAACAACUCAAGUGAGAAAGCACUGCCCUAUUUUCAAAAGCCCAGCCUCCUCUUCUAGGUUUAGUGCACUACAGUGCUCCUCCCCAAGGCAAAUUGCUAAUGAAUCAUUGAAGUUUGUGUUUGGAGGAAAGGGGGCUGGUACAAUUGAACACCCUUAGCUGUCACUGAGGAACAGCCAGGGGUGGGGCACUCCCGACCUCCACCAAGGUGCAGCCCAAAACAAAGUGAUCUCUCUUCUGCACAGACCCAGCGAGGAGGCGACUUCAGCUUUGCCGGCUCUAACUGCCCCCAUGCCCUCACUGCAUCUUCAUCGACAUCCUCCUCCACGUCUUCAUCAGCUACUGAAGGUUCCAUUACUAGGAGCCAUCCUCCAGGAUGUAUUUGGAGAACAAGACCAAGCGGGAGGUGGAGAUGUCGCAGACGGUCGCGCAGAGCCACCAGGGGCGGAGCGGUCGCGGGACCUCGGACGCGGUCGCCGGCAACUUCGACGAGCCCAGACUGCUGAAGAGCUUCUCGGAGAUGAUGGAGACCCAGAAACUUCAGCAGGCCGUGGCGGCGGGGCCCCCCGGCCACUGCGUCAUUUACGCCAAGGACUUUGGCCCUGUACGAGAGGAGGAAAGGCACAACUUCAAUGUAAUUAAAUUCCUCAAGGGCAAAUCCAAACAGGGAGCUCGCACAGAGAACACUCCACUCCUCAAGUUCUCUCCAGAUGACAGCAUCACGUACAUGACCCUGCAUGACUCCGGCUUCUCCAUGGAGGAGGAGUCCUGGGACGGCAGCUCUCAGGAGCUGGAGCGGAGGUGCCGUCUUGGGAGCGAAGUGGCCAGCCUGUCUCGCUCCUCCUCCACAGACAAGUAUGACCCCCUGGACAACCUCCACCUCAACUUCACCCUCUCCAGCCGGAUAAGAUAUUGCUUGAGGAUCUCUAAAAUUGCCAGUAUGCUUGUCAUUGUUAUUCUCUGCUCAAUCUUCUUCAGCAUGUAUCCAGACCAUGAGAACCCCUGGCAAAUGCUAACGGUCUCACCAACAGAGAGUUUCUCCAUGAACCUGACAGACGUUCGAGACGACGUCCUCCUGAAGCUGCAGGUGGGCGGCCCGUUUGAGGGACAGGUGUCAGACAGUGGCACUGGGGACUACGUCCUGAUUCAGGUGGAGCAGACAGAAGAAGCAGGCCCGCGGAGGAGGCGUCAGCAGCAGGUAAUGCACAACUGGACAAUACCGUUACACUCCCAAAGGAAUGACCAGAUAAUUAAAUCCAGGACCUUUGAGAUACUAAGCAGCGCCCCCAUUCUCAUAACCGCACAGGUUUUCCCACGGGACGCCAAGGUGGUUCCCCUCGCCAUGACUCACCAGACCCUCUACGUCAGCGUGGAGACACAGGUCAUCAUCGCCGGAGUGAUCUUGGCAGGUGUUUACGUCCUGAUUAUCUUUGAGAUUGUUCACCGGACGCUGGCUGCUAUGCUGGGAUCUCUGGCUGCAUUGGCUGCCCUGUCCAUCAUUGGUGAUAGACCGAGCCUAAUGACAGUUGUGGAGUGGAUUGACUAUGAGACACUGGCAUUGUUGUUUGGCAUGAUGAUUUUGGUGGCCAUAUUUUCAGAUACAGGCUUCUUUGAUUACUGUGCAGUAAAGGCCUACCAGCUAUCCAGAGGAAGAGUAUGGCCAAUGAUCAUCAUCCUCUGCCUCAUUGCGGCCAUUUUGUCUGCUUUCCUGGACAAUGUGACAACCAUGAUGCUUUUCACUCCAGUCACUAUAAGGUUGUGUGAGGUUCUUAAUCUGGACCCCAGACAUGUCCUGAUUGCGGAAGUAAUCUUCACAAACAUUGGAGGGGCCGCUACUGCUGUCGGAGAUCCGCCAAACGUGAUCAUCGUCUCCAACCAGGACCUGCGCAAGAACGGGAUUGACUUUGCGGCUUUCACCGGGUACAUGUUCCUGGGGAUCUGUCUUGUGCUCCUCACGUCCUUUCCCUUUCUGAGAAUGCUUUACUGGAACAAGAAACUCUACAACAGAGAGCCCAUGGAGAUUGUGGAACUGAAGCACGAGAUUCUGGUGUGGAGACAGACGGCCCAGCGCAUCAACCCAGCUAGCCGCGAGGAGACGGCCGUCAAAUGCCUCCUGAUGCAGAAGGUUCUUAAUCUGGAGAGUCUCCUACGAAAGCAACUGAGAACCUUCCAGAGGCAAAUUUCACAAGAAGACAAAAACUGGGAGAACAACAUUCAGGAGCUGCAGAAAAAGCACAGAAUAACAGACAAAAUCCUUUUGAUUAAAUGCAUCACUGUCCUUGGAAUAGUCAUCUUCAUGUUCUUCCUCAACUCCUUUGUUCCUGGGAUACAUCUUGACCUCGGCUGGAUUGCCAUUCUUGGGGCUCUCUGGCUGCUGGUCUUGGCCGACAUACAGGACUUUGAGAUCAUCCUUCACAGGGUGGAGUGGGCCACACUCCUGUUCUUCGCUGCACUCUUUGUCCUAAUGGAGGCACUGGCCCAACUUCAGCUUAUCGAUUACAUUGGUGCACAGACAGCUUUGUUGAUUAAGUCAGUGCCAGAGGAGGAGCGUCUGGCUGUCGCCAUCAUUCUGGUGAUGUGGGUUUCUGCUCUGGCCUCCUCUCUCAUCGAUAACAUCCCCUACACUGCCACCAUGAUCCCUGUUCUGCUCAACCUGAGCCAAGAUGCCGAUGUGAACCUGCCAGUCAAGCCUCUCAUCUUUGCCUUAGCCAUGGGGGCGUGUCUUGGAGGAAACGGGACACUUAUUGGUGCGUCUGCUAAUGUGGUGUGUGCGGGGAUAGCAGAGCAGCAUGGCUAUGGAUUCUCCUUCAUGGAAUUUUUUAGGCUGGGAUUCCCCAUGAUGCUCAUGACUUGCACAAUAGGCAUGUGCUACCUGCUGGCCACUCACAUUGGGCUAGGUUGGAACACCUAAAGGCAUCCCGUCUUGGGAUCAAAGAGACUCUGUGUUCUGCUGCAGGGCUUGCCACAGUCUCUGUGACAAUGGGGAGAAAGGAGACUGUGCCAUUACAGAACACUUAACAUGCAGCUCCGUGAGAUUCUGAGAACGGCUCAAGUCCAAGCUCUUUACCGCAUUCCAAGUGCACCUACAGUACAGCGAAGCAACCAAACAUCGCAAAGUGAUGUGAAAAACAAAGAACUGAAACAAGGGAAUAAUACAUGGUGGUCUGCUCCACCCUGGAAUCCACUGCUUCCGUCUGUUUUGGAGGAUGGAGGCUUUUUAUUCCCUAUGGUAUGUUUGUUUACAUUUGCCAUGAAAAGCCACUGAUGAGGUUAUGUCUCCCUUUUAAGUGUUGCAAAUACAAUUUGUAAAUUACUGUUGAUACAGAACAAUAUUUUUUAAAAUAAGAAUGUUUUGAAGGUGAAAUAACAAAUUUAUUUUGCAUUUUAAAAAAGGUGCCAUAAAAAAAUACUGAAAGGGAUGUUAGCAUACGCCCUGCCGCAUUCUCUGUAAGCAGCGUUGACCAAUUUGUCUAUGUAAGAGUCAAAUAUUUGCCAAAAGGCUAAAUCUUAAUAUGGCUGUUUUCCAUAUUGUGUACUUUGCAUUACCAUAACUAACACAACUAAUAUACUGUAAUAGACUGUAAGAGGAAGCUGAUUUGACUCCUGUUUUAAAAAAAAUACACAAAUAUUGUAACCUCACAUUUAUCUUAAAUAUUAUUUUAAAGAUUAUAACAUUUGAUUGUGAUAAACCUAAGAAAUUAUAUCAGGAAAGUUAAUACCUAUCUGUUUCCCCAGAAACUGCCCUUUUGAAUUACAAAAUAUUACAAAGUUAUUUAUUGUAUUCUAAAUUAAAUUGAUGAAUGCUAUGAACUAUCCCUAUUUAACUCAUCUGGUGUACUGGCUAUACUGUUUCAUGAAUCAUGAAUACUGCACUGUCCAAUGCUCUAAAUAUGCAUCUGGUAAAAUAGAGAAAGUCAAAGCAAUAAAACUCUUAACAAGUG